AUGGCCAAACUCAAUAAGAAGGACAAGUCGCAGGGAAAGGGACCAAAUGUGAACGAACAUGGAGUCAUCUUGGUGCCACCUCCAAAAUCCGUGCCGAAUAAGGAACACAUGCAACGACUCAAUUACUUAUUUCAACUGUCCACUUUCCACACGAUGGCCAACGAUCAGGAUCAAAACCGUUCGUUAUCUAGGAUGUACAUCAGAAACUUGGACCUGAUACAGAAGAAGACUAAGAGUGCAUUAACGCCUAGUUUCAAGAGGCAGAUUUGUAAAAGUUGUCACAGGGUUCUGAUUCCAACGAAGACCAUGACACAGCAGAUCAUAAACGAAAGUAAGCAAAAGACAGCGCGUAACGACGUAUUGGUGCUUUCGUGUGAGUGCGGUGUACGCAAACGCUUUCCUGUGGGUCUAAAUCCCGGAUACCAACCGCAUGUCGAGAGGGUCGGCCCGAUCUACAUGUCGAAGUAA